CCUGACGUUUACGCUGUCCGGAAAAAGACCACUGUUCCUCGUUCCUUCACAGAGACUCUCUCUGUUUCUUUUAUCUUUUUUCUUCAUGCCCAGAGAUUUUUGAAGAGACAGGAAAUAAAAAGUUUUUUUUCCCGGCGAAGAUGGGGAACUGUCAGGCGGUGGAUGCGGCGGCGCUGGCUUUACAGCAUCCCAACGGGAAAAUCGACAGGUACUAUGGUCCUGUUUCGGUGAGACAAGUCAUGAAGAUGUACCCCGGACACUAUGUUUCUCAGAUUAUUCCCUUGCCGGAGACGAAUAUUCCGGUGACAGAUGAGAAAAGGCAGAGGGUCGUGCGGUUCACGCGCGUGAAGCUUCUCCGACCGACCGAGACUCUUGUUCUUGGCCAUGCUUACAGGCUCAUUACUUCGCAAGAGGUUAUGAAGGUUUUGCGAGCGAAGACGAAGAAGCAACAGAGAGAAACGACGUCGGAGAAGAAGGCUGUUGAAGAAUCCGGAAACCGGAGAGAAUCUGAAAAGAAUCUCGUGGCGAUGCAACAAGAGAGGCAACGGCCAGUGCAGAUGAGUUCAGUGUCGUCAAAGUCAAGAACAUGGAGGCCGUCGUUGCAGAGCAUCUCUGAAGCUGCAAGUUAAUUUUAAUAUCGGACAGAGAGAGAGAGAGAGAGAGAGAGAGAGAGAGAGAGAGAGAGAGAGAGAGAGAGAGAGUAUCUCUCUGCCUACUUGUUUUUACAGAGAAUGGAUAGAUGAAAUCUAAGUCAAUGUAUAGCUUACCAGAAGGGGUGAGAUCAGAGUCGAAGACUGUGUAGAUCCAAAGGCGACGUCUUUGUUUGAUUUAAUAUCGAUCAGAAUACAUAUUCAAACC